AUGGUUGUGAAAACAGGAGUUGUGCCCCAGCUUGUGAAGCUCCUAGGAGCUACUGAAUUGCCCAUUGUGACUCCUGCGCUAAGAGCCAUAGGAAAUAUUGUCACUGGGACAGAUGAACAGACUCAGGUUGUAAUAGAUGCAGGAGCGCUUGCUGUCAUUCCUAGCCUGCUAACGAACCCCAAAACUAAUAUUCAGAAGGAAGCCACGUGGACAAUGUCAAACGUCACAGCUGGCCGCCAGGACCAGAUCCAGCAAGUUGUGAAUCACGGAUUAGUCCCAUUCCUCGUUGGUGUUCUCUCUAAGGCAGACUUUAAGACACAAAAGGAAGCUGUCUGGGCUGUGACCAACUAUACAAGUGGUGGGACAGUUGAACAGAUUGUAUACCUCGUCCAUUGUGGCAUAAUAGAACCAUUGAUGAACCUCUUAACUGCGAAGGAUACCAAAAUUAUUCUGGUCAUUCUGGAUGCCAUUUCCAACAUCUUUCAGGCUGCUGAGAAACUAGGUGAAACUGAGAAACUUAGUAUAAUGAUUGAAGAAUGUGGAGGUUUGGACAAAAUCGAGGCUCUACAAAACCAUGAAAAUGAGUCUGUGUACAAAGCUUCAUUAAACUUCAUUGAGAAGUAUUUCUCUGUAGAGGAAGAGGAAGAUCAGAAUGUUGUGCCAGAAACUACCUCUGAAGGCUAUACGUUCCAGGUUCAGGAUGGCACUGCUGGGACCUUUAACUUUUAGCUUGUACAGCCGACGCAG